AAAAAUGUUUGUUUGAAAUUGAAAAGCAAUCAUAAGGUUGUGUCACUUGUGCUUCAACUUCACUACAAACAAUGUCUUCUUGUCCCUCUCUCUCAUCUGAUGAUUACAGCUCCUUCAGGCCAAAAAACUACUCCAUCAUAAAACACAAGCAAAAAAACAAUCACAUUAUCAUUCCAUUUGAUGUCUCCCUUUCUCUAUAAACCCCCCCCCUCUUCACCCCUCUCCUUUUUCAACAUGACACACCAAGCCAUGUCUAAGUGUGAAAAAAUGGCGGCGGGGGACGAGGCCGAAGACCGGGUGAGGGCGGUGAGCUUCGCGGCCGGGACAGCUGCGUUCAUGGCUUGCAUUGAGCGAGCAUUUAUGGUGUCUGUGUUCAUGCAUUGGCGAGUGUGGGCGUUUCUUGCUUUGAAUCUCUUGCUCUUAGCUAUUCUCUUCACUUCCAAAUCGCAAAACACAGAAUCCAGCCAAAUCCAAUCCAAAAAUGGCGGUGAUGAAGCAGAGAUCAAGAGGAGUAAGAAGGCUAGGCAUAGGCAGCGCAAGCAACUGCUUCCGACUAGUGGCGGUGCUGCUGAGGAAUGCGUUGUGGUGGCGACAGAGGAGGCGCCGCGGGCUGAGGGUGAAGUUGAAGUUGAGAAUGGUGAGAAUGAGAUUGAAGGAAAGUUGGAUGAAUAUGACGAGCUGUCGGAGGAGGAAUUGAAGCAGAGAGUGGAGAAUUUCAUUGCUAUGUUUAGGCAGCAUUUGAUUUGUGAUGCUAAGGGUGCCCAAAUUGUGGGAUGUGCUAAUGCGAUUGCUUCACGUGUAUAUUGAUUCAUCAUGUUUUCAAAGUAGUAACCAACAUAUUUUUUUUUAGAAUAGAGCUUUUUUUCGAGCUCAUGCUUAUUACUACUAUUCUUUCUGGAGUAAGGUCUCAAAAUGGACAAUUGUUAGAGUUUUGAAUGAGCCUGUGGGCUUUAGUUUGUAUACUUUGGAGUGGAAGAGUAUAAAGCUAUUAUACCUGGUUUAAAGUA